CGAGUUCGGACGAGCUGAUUAUGUAAUCCUCAGCCUACGGGGCGAGGGACGGCGAGGGUCAUCUCAGAUGACCUUGUAUAGCCUUCGUACUCGGUGUACGAGGGCUAUUGAAUAGCCAGUUGGCAGUCGACAGGGGUGUUAGCAUCCGCCGGGCCCCCCCUCCGAGGCUCCGGCUUUCUCCAUCAUCAUCAUCUUUCGAGCGUCAGCCAGCACAGCACUCAGCCAGCCAGAGACUUCAACAUCAACCACAAGCACCAUGAACCAGCUCAGACCUCUUGCUCGCCGACUGGCCCUCAACAACACCCAAUCACUCAGACCGGUCGUCCUGCCGGCUGCCACCAGUAUCCGCUUCAAUUCUACCACCACCGCACCAACCGAUCCCAAGGCUAAAGCGAACGCAUUCCUAGACGCUCUUCCGGGAAACAGUGCGAUCAGCAAGACCGGUUGGGUGACCUUGGCGGCCAGCUUGGGCGGAUAUGCGGUCUCAAACGAACUCUACGUGGUCAAUGAGGAGUCCGUCAUCUUGGCUGGCUUUGUCAUCAUGGUCGGAUACUUGAGCACCGUCAUCAAGGAACCUUACAAACAAUGGGCCGACUCGGUGAUCGAGAAACAAAGAAGCGUCUUGAAUGCCUCCCGAACAGAGCACACCAAUGCCGUCAAGGAACGAAUCGCCUCGGUGAGCGAGAUGAAGGAUGUGGUCUCGGUGACCAAGACGCUGUUUGAGAUGUCACGUGAUACGGCAGUGACUGAACAUGAGUUACACAAGAUGAAGCAGAAGAUGGCCGUUAAGGAUGAGAUCAAGUCGAUCUUGGAUGGAUGGGUGCGUGUGGAAACCCAAGCCCGAGAGGCCGAACAAGCCGAACUGGUCAAACAAGUCGUCUCGAGCGUCCAGAAACAGUUGGAAGACCCCAAGCUGCAGAAAGAGAUCAUGUCCAAUAGCAUCGCUGAGAUCGAAGCUUUGAUCAAAGACAAGAAAAUCUAAAGGGUCGGAUGCAAUCCCUAAGUUCAAGCUCACGUAACCUAUGUUUAUUUGGGAGUACAUACAUACAUACAUAUGCAUCAUCAAGCCGAAUGCGAGUCCGAUCAAUCUCUGGUUUUGAUUCAUCAUCACUUAGAACCGAUACACAAUAGCUGGCUUGGAAACUUGAGUGUCUUGUACUUUGAUGAUGAUCUUCAACCUAUCGUCUCUCUCAGCUUGUACCAAAACACACACACACACAAAACUUGGCGCCUGUCUUUUUUUUUCUUAUUCACGUAAUCGUCUCCGUCUCCUCCUCCUUCAAGCACCCGUCUAUCUGAAUAAUGUGUGACUGUGUACGUCUGGAACGUGUGGUGUGGUCAGGUGAGCUACACAUUGAAGGUAGAUCCGCAGCCUUUUCUCCAUUCCUGAGAGACAUGAAGCUUGUGCCUAGUUCAUGGGCUGGGUGGUGAAGGGGAGGCUGUCACCAGCCACUUACGAUUGCCUUCACCUUUCCCCAUCAAUCCAUCCAUCUAUCAUUGUGAGCAAGUUGGUUCCAUCAAAAAGAAUCAAUCCAUUUGCAUUGAGGGAGAGCGUAAUUUGUAACAUGUACUCAGAUUCAUUCUUGAGAAAUGUGUUUUAUGACCCCUACAACCACAGAAACAAAAAGGCAAAAUAAG